GGAGAUGGUCGGGCCGUGUCCCUUGAGGGUUUCUUUCCCCUAGUUCAAGGAUCGAGAGGAGAGCAGGGGAAGAAAGGGUGCUUUCGCUUCAAGAAUGGCGGACGAUGACUACAACGACAUGGACUUCGGGGGGUAUGAAGAUGAGCCUCCAGAACCUGAGGUGGAGGAAGGAGGAGAGGAGGAGCGAGAAAACAACAAUGACGAUGUUCCAGAUGAUGUGGUGGGUGCAGAAGCUGAAGAAAAGGAGCAAGUAUCUGUCGAACGGCCUCGGAAAACAUCAAAAUACAUGACAAAAUAUGAACGUGCUAGAAUCCUGGGCACACGAGCUUUGCAAAUUAGUAUGAAUGCACCAGUGAUGGUUGAGCUAGAGGGCGAGACUGAUCCUUUGGAGAUUGCAAUGAAGGAACUUCGAGAGCGUAAGAUACCAUUCACAAUCCGGCGGUAUCUGCCAGAUGGAAGUUAUGAGGACUGGGGAGUAGAUGAACUUAUAGUGGAGGACUCGUGGAAGAGGCAAGUUGGUGGGGACUGAGUUACUGCCUGCGUCACUUUUGUGACACCUGGAUAUUUUCUGUUUUAUAAAUUCAUAUGAUGUAGUUUCUAGUGAUACUUGAUAUGGCAGAGAUGUUACAAAAGCUUCCUUUGUGUACUAACCCUUUGACUUGGUUAAAAUUAGGUGCAGUUUACUUGCUUCUAAACCAUCGUUUCUGGGAAAGCGUUUUAUAAUUCCAGUGUUUGCUUGUUCGUUCCA